GAUUCUUGGCGCAACACGACCUCACGGGCUAGGACUGGUGGAAACCGAGUGCUUGAUACCGCACUGCCUGAAGAACUCAAGUCGACCAGUUAAGGCUUCUUGUCGCCCCUGUUUGUCAGCGAAGGUACUCUGAGAAACGCUGCUAGACACACUGCGUUCAGCUAGGCUGAUGCACGCGCCCGAUCCCAAACACGCUGUUUGUCGUUGUCUGUAGAAAGCAGGGGCUGACCUGGGGUAGCUCUCCAGAUUGUUGUCUCGCUUGUCUAAGCGAAAACGGGGAAGUAUUAGUUUAGCUCUAGCUCCAUCAUCGUCGACGGGUACUGCACCUUACACUGGCCAGGCUGGCGAGAUAAUCUGUGCGGACCCUGCAAGAUGCUUCGCCACACAGCUAUCCGCUCAAUGGCGAUUGUGAUGAUCCUCUGCUGGAUGAUGUCGUCAUGCCUAGCAUCGACACCGAAGUCAUCAGCUGUGCUUGAGGCAACGCCCGCAUGUGCCGGUGAAAUUCGUCUCCUUCUGAAGAGAAGCGCUCUAACUCUGGUCGCACCAGCAGCAGCGGUGAGCGAGGAGUUCGUCUCGCAUGAUGGUGACCCAGCAUCACAUGUGAAGGAGCAAGCAGGACAAAAUGCCGUGAAGGAGCAGAGGAACAUCUCAGCGGUACUGGUUAUCGGUGUCUCCUACGAGCCAAUAGAGGACACCCAGCAGGAUGACGUGGCUUACAGCAAGGAGUUCUCCGGUCCGACAUCUUCCAUAGCCGAUAGCUUCUCACUGCUUUUACGGCAUCUCCCUCCUGGCAAGCAGUACCGCCUUCGCAUCAGAGUUGGUCACCGUUCUCCCAGCUCCACUGUCUGGGAUAGCUAUGGCUCUGCGGUGGAAUCAUUCACCGGCACCGUGUAUGCUGAACCGGGACCUGCUGGUGUUGGCCAGGCUGGUCACGCGUAUUGCCAGUCUCGACGACGGCCCGACGGAAUAUCCCGGCCGAAGAAAGUCUCCCGCGUACACCGCUCCACGUUCGCAUCGUCAAGCCGUCGCCGCCGAUGUUAUCUUGAUUACUACUACAGCGGCUACUACUACACAUACUAUUACUGCUCCUCAGGCUCUGGUUCACUGAGUGUUGGAGGUUUGGUUGGUAUAAUUCUGGGCAUUCUCGCGUUCAUCGUUUUCUUUAUUGUCCUGUUUAUUUGGAGCCGCCGUGGAUGCUGCGGACACCCUCCUCUCAGUGCACGUUUCAGGCAACCAGGCAGCGGCGGUGUUGGCGGCACCAACGUUCAAGCAACCGGAAUGAACGUGAUUGGUCAACCAGUGGCCCCGGUGCUAGCUCAGCCCGCUCAGCCGGUGGUGGCUCAUGUUAUGGCCAUGCCAGUCACACUUACAGCACAGCCCAUAGCGGCGCAGCCCGUUGCUACCCCCGGCGAUGAUGCCAUGGCAACCGACAUGGUGACGGCAGCGGAGGCAGAUGCAAGCAUUGCCAACAGGAUCGACGGUGCUGCUGCCUCAUGCAAUGUCCCAAGAAAGCCGAUCCGCCUCGCCUGAGGAAGAUCUCGUUGUGGUAUUCCAUUGUUACAUUGUAGGUCACACCCAGCUAUGAUGAUGCUACACCCAGCUAUGAUGUCAUUAUCACAUCCAGCUAGUAUGAUGUCAUACCCAGCUUUGAUGACGUCACUACCAGCUAUGAUGUCACACUAUCUACAACAUGUAGAAGAUGUCGUCACGUCCUGCACCUACGGUACUAAAGCAUUCUUUUGACAUUAUCAUGACAUCACCAUCUGUAACACCUCACAACAGGGAAUGAUCAAAUCACAGCCUUCUGUUCCCAUAUUUUCUUUUCAUCUGUGUCUGCUGCCGAGUUUCCCAUUCCUGGGUUUCUUGGACUUCAUUCUCUUCCUUGUCAUUGGACAUGUUCAGUCCGUUCGGUUUGCGAAUUCAAAUAAACACAAUCAACCAACCAUUCUGCCUACAUGUGUAUGGUAUCAUGAUAUCACAGCUGAACACCAUGAUUCAGCCAAGCAUGUUAUACUUUCUCUUUCUCAUUAUACAUGUAUGACUUUACAGCCUUUCUCCAUUACAUCGUACUUACCCCUACACUGGGGUCACAUCAUUAACACAAUAAUUAUUACAUCAUAAUCACACAAGGGAA